GAUGUUUGUAAUAAAACUCAACACACAUGAUCAACUCAAUGGAAAAAUUGUUCAAUAUAUAAAUGUUUUGGUGUAUUUUUCUGAUUUAUAGUCUAAUCUUUUGGGUUCUUUACUUUAGUGUUCCCUGGCUGAGAGAUGUGUGAGGUGGACUGCCGGCUGGCAUGCAAUGAGCGUGAAUCCAUCAAUAAGUUCAGGGUUAUCCAGGCCAACCUUCGGCAACAAGACUUACCGUACUUCACUCCAAAGGAGGUGGUUGUCCACAACACACCAGACGAUUGCUGGGUUAGCUUCCUGGGCAUAGUGCGGGACUUGACACCACUCGUGCGACAGUAUGAAGGUACAAGAGAGAUCAAGCCUAUUCUCGCUUACGCUGGGAAAGAUAUCUCUCACUGGUUCGAUACAAGGACUGGAGAUAUAGUUCACCGCAUCCACCCUGUGACUGGGGUAAGAGUGCCAUACACCCCUCAUGGUCCAGUGCCGCAUGUGCUACUCGAGGUACCAACCACGGAGUGGAUGCCUCUUUACAGCAUCCCUUGGUGGUUUAACCCCGCUUAUGUGGUGGGCUAUGUGACCCGAGCAGCACGGUACGUCCGGAUCAUGAAUGUUUUGGCCAAAACCGAAGUAGUUACAGAGGUUUGCUCUGAAGACACUCUAGAACGUAUUCUCGAGCGUCACUUGAUGAGUAAUUCUCACUCCGAAAGCUACACUUGGAAGUCAGAGGGUCAAGUACUCAACAUGAAGCUGACGCUCGACCAGAACGGAAUUCCUGAUCCAAUUCCAAGACUGAGAGCAGUUAAUCUGCCCGACGAUUACUUCAUACCCUGCCUCAUGCUAUAUUUCAACGACGAUCUAACUUAACGUUUACAAGGAAGUAUGACACAUUUUACUUAAACAUUCUUUAAUAUAUCACAUUGAUUUCAAUUGUUUACAUCCAUCAUAUGGACUUAUUCAACGAUCAACUAUUUCUAGAUAUAACACUAAAAUCUUUUAGAGAACUAUUCUCUCCAGUAAUAAAUAUAUCACAAGAGUCAACAUUAACAAACAUUAAAUUUUUAGAACCAUUUGACAGUUAAUUACAUUUGUCUGUAGUAAUAUUCACUUUUACAAUAUUGAGCAUUAACGAAAUUUGUUUGGAUGUAGCUAAGAAUUUUGAUGUACUUAUUUUUCUCCUAUAAAUUCUGUAAAAAAAUAUUCUGUACUUAAGUAGAGAAAUUAAAAUGUUUCCUAUGCG